AUGUCAACCCCGACAACAGCGACGGCGACACUGGCACAAUUCCACCAUCCUCAUUAUCCUGCCUCCUACACCCAUUCACACACGCAUCACCAAGGAUACCAGGCAAACCCCAGCGCCAGCUAUCGUUCUGUUGCUACGAGCCAGACUAUUCUCCCUCCUCCGGUUUCGUCGGUCGCCUCGCCCUCUCAUAACACUGCGGCCAUACUCCCGCCGCCCUAUCAGCACUCACCUCUCGCGUACUCGUCAUCCGGAUCGAAUACUCUGAGCCUCGCUCACUCAUCGGUUUCUCGUGCUGUUCCUGCGGCCCACGAGCCUUCUCCUCGUCACGACGCGAACUAUUCUACCGCAACCAUGCCUGAGGCCGCUCCUGCCGCUCGCGCGGAGCAGCCCUCCAGGAAGCGUCGUCGCUCUCGUGAGCCCGAUUGGAACAACUUUUACAAAAAUGGCCUCCCCAAGGAGAUCAUUGUAAUUGACGACACUCCCGAGCCCGAGGCCAAUACGGGUCGAAAAAUCACGAAUGGCACUGCCACUGGCCCUACCGACAACACUUCGGGCCGUCAGGUGGCCAAGAAGAGGAGACGUGACGAUGAGCCUGGCACCAUCCAGGGCGCGGGUUACCACAUUAAGUAUCUGGGAUCACAAAACAACACUCCGCUGCAGACAUCAACACCCACUGGCUCGUCCAUCUCCAGCAGUGACCGCACCAAUUCUGCUCUCAACACUGCACCUACUUCGCUUUCCUCCAACGGCCAGUAUGACGAUGUCCAGGUUCCACUCAAGCGGAAGCGGACCCGACAACAGGUAGCCAACGAGGCCAAGCGUCGCGAUAUCGACGGCCUGGGUGAUCCCUUUUUCACCUACAAGCCUCCUCCCUACCCACCCAAGAAGGCUGGCGAGGUCAACGUUCAGGUUAUCCAUGACCGACAAUACAACAAGAACGUCAAGGUCGACGAUGACGAUGGCCACUACAUUGUUGUGCCGGAUGCUGAACUGACAGACAAGUACAAAAUCGUCCGCCUCCUGGGCCAAGGCACUUUUGGCAAGGUUGUCGAGGCUCGUGACCGAAGACGCAACAAGGCUGUUGCCGUCAAGAUUAUCCGAUCAGUUCAGAAGUACCGGGAUGCAUCCAGGAUUGAACUCCGUGUCCUGGCCACCCUCAAGGCCAACGAUGAGGAGAACCGGAACCGAUGCAUCCAUCUUCGGGAUUGCUUCGACUACCGCGGCCACAUCUGCAUCGUCAUGGACUUGCUCGAUCAGAGCGUGUUUGAUUUCCUCAAGGGCAACGCUUUCGUUCCUUUCCCUAACAGCCAAAUUCAGAGCUUUGCCCGACAACUCUUUACGAGUGUUGCUUUCCUACACGACCUCAACCUGAUUCACACCGAUCUCAAGCCCGAGAACAUCUUGCUCUGCAACCAUUCAUACCAGACCUUCACCUACAACCGCAAGAUCCCUUCGUCUUCCACGACUAUUAACAGACAGGCUACUCAACGCCGUGUUCUGCUGGACACUGAGAUUCGAUUGAUCGACUUUGGCUCCGCGACCUUCCAGGAUGAAUAUCAUUCGUCAGUUGUCUCGACUCGCCACUACAGAGCCCCAGAGAUCAUUCUGGGUCUCGGAUGGUCGUAUCCCUGCGAUAUUUGGAGUAUCGGAUGCAUCCUCGUCGAGUUCUUCACUGGCGAUGCUCUGUUCCAGACCCACGACAACCUCGAGCAUCUGGCCAUGAUGGAGGCAGUGGUGGGACACCGCAUCGACAGCCACCUGGUCCAGGCCGUUAACAAGAUGUCCACACGGAGUGGAGGAAAUGCCGCUUCCAAGUACUUCAAGCGGCUUAAGCUUGAUUACCCCACCCCUGACACGACCCGCGGCUCCCGACGCUUCGUCAAGGCCAUGAAGCACCUCACGGACAUCAUCCCUAGCAACAACGCAUUCCUCAAGAACUUCGUCGAUCUACUCAAGAAGAUAUUCGUCUACGACCCUGCCCAACGUAUCACUGCCAAGCAGGCCCUGAACCACCCUUGGCUCAAGGAGAUGGCUCAGCCUGACGACGGCACCGAGGCGGCUAAGAUCCGCCUGGAGCGGAUACGAAUGGAGCAGCAAGGUGCAAGACAUCAAUAUGUCUGA